AUGCACAUGGGAUAUUUGCUGCUGCCAGAGGAACAGGCCGAAUUGCUGAACGAUACUGCACUUAGCUACUCACUUGCCACAAAUGCAAUAGAGAGUAUUGAUAAACCUGCCAUUUCGAACCCACUUUUUAUUUUUGAUAAUUCUAUGAUAGAAAUACUUACAAGCAACGUAAAUAUAGAAAGUGCUCUGUACCCAACUGAAGAAGAUCUGGUGGGUGUGGAUAUCCCAAAAGACACAAAGGAAUGCGAUGAAAUCGAGUACAAAGUGGAGAUUGACUUUACAAAAAUAGGAGAGGAGUAUGAGCUGAUAGGAAUUGAAAAGGAGCAGAGCGAUGUCAUGCAGAUAAACAGCAUAGGGCAGUAUCUGUACGAGGUGUCAGCUGACAACGCCAAAUAUGUUACGAAAUGUGCUACAGUUGAUGAUAAUGUGUAUAUAGUGCUCACAGACACAGGAACUGCAUACAGUAUUGAUAAGUCGUGCGUUGUGAGGAAGCAGAACGACAGAAGGCUUGAAGAUGUGUAG